AUGGGGUCAGGCCCAGAGAAAAAGGAUGUGCCCAUCCGAGGAACCUCAGAAGGUCAGAUGUGGACCUCAGAAUUUCUUCAGCCUCUCUCAUGUUCCUCCCAUUCUGGCGAGUAUGGUGGUUACGGAGGAAACCACUUUUCACACAGUGGAAACCAGCUGGAUGGACCUAUAACUGCCAUUCGGGUUCUGACAAACUGGAAUUUCAUUGUGGGUCUCCAGGUCCGUCAUUGUAACCAGUGGAGUGACUAUGUGGGCGGCAGAGCUGGCAAACUGGAGGAAAUCACCCUGCACCUGGGAGAGUCCAUCACCCAGGCCUAUGGGAAAUACGGCCUACACUGCAUCCAUAAACUGGUGUUCAUCACCAGCCAAGGGCGUCAGUUUGUCUUUGGACGAGACCACGGCUACAGCUUCAACGCGGCUCCGCUUUGCAAGGAUGCCGUCUUGCAUUACGUCAGUGGCCGGGCUGGCCGGUGCAUCCAUGCGCUCAGUUUCCACUGGGGUUCUUACACGAGGAGAACAUGCAGACCAUGCGUGAAGGAUGAGGCGGUCAGGGGCACUACGGGAGACCACUGA